AUGGCAUCAACAUCAUGUUUUUUCAACAACAAUGAAUUCCCUAUGAAAGUGGUAGCUCCUAUGUCUCAUUCAUAUCCUGAACCUCUUGCAAAAUAUGAUGAUGUUGUGGCAAAUCCCAAGCUCUUUAUGCUUACAUUGGAGAAGCUUCAUGCUUCUAUGGGUACUAAGUUCAUGGUUCCCAUUAUUGGAGGAAAAGAACUAGAUUUGUGUAGACUCUUCAUUGAAGUGACUUCUCGUGGAGGGAUUGAGAAGCUUAUGAAAGAGAGAAGAUGGAAAGAAGUAACUGCAGCUUUCAGUUUUCCAUCAACAGCAACAAAUGCUUCCUUUGUGCUCAGAAAAUACUAUUCUUCAUUACUUUAUCACUAUGAGCAAAUCUACUAUUUUAGAUCCAAACGGUGGACCCCUGCAUCUUCUGAUGCUUUGCAGAAUCAAUCAACCAUGUCAGUUCCAGCUUCAAUAACACAGUUUUUGCAGCCUUCUCCAGGAACACAUCCAGUUGACUUUCAGAAGUCAGGGGUUAAUGCUUCCGAAUUGCCUCAAGUGUCUUCUUCUGGAUCUUCACUUGCUGGAGUUAUUGAUGGAAAAUUUGAAAGUGGAUAUCUAGUUUCAGUUUCAGUAGGUUCAGAGACACUCAAAGGUGUACUAUAUGAGUCUCCACAAAGCAUUAAGAUUAAUAAUAACAAUAUUGCAUCUGCUGCAUUGGGCGUCCAACGCCGCCGUCGGAGGAGGAAGAAGUCAGAAAUAAAAAGGAGAGAUCCUGCUCAUCCAAAACCCAACAGAAGUGGUUACAAUUUCUUCUUUGCUGAGCAGCAUGCAAGACUAAAGCUACUAAACCAAACCAUGGACAAGGAUAUUAGUAGAAUGAUUGGCGAACUUUGGAACAACUUAAAAGAGUCUGAGAAAACAGUUUAUCAAGAAAAGGCUAUUAAGGAUAAAGAAAGGUACCAAGCAGAAAUGGAGGAUUAUCGCGAUAAAAUGAAGACGAGCAUUGUAACCGACAACGCGGGGCCACUGCAACAACGGUUUCCGGAAGGAGAUUCAGCUUUGGUGGACGUUGACAUAAAAAUGCACGAUUCUUGUCAGACUCCCGAGGAGAGUAGUUCUGGUGAAAGUGAUUAUGUUGCAGAUGAUAUCAACAUGGAUGCUUCUUCCGGUGGAGCAAGAGUGGAUUCUGAAGCUUUUGUUGAUUCAGACAAGGCAACUAAGGAGGGAGUUAUUGAAGUUCUUAGCCAUUGUGAGGGAGAAGUGAAUGCCGGAGGAAUUCAACAGACUCAAAAGAUGAAUGAGAGCCAAAACAUGUUAUCCUUACUUUAG